AUGACGAUAAAGUUGUAUCGUGUGUUAUCUCAGUUUCGUUCCACAAACGUUAAUGAUAUUCCGCACAGAACUGUCGGCAAAAUGAGCGCCCGAACCCCGGAUCCAGCAAAGGUUGAACUUCGCAAGCAGAUAGCGGAUGCAAUCGCCAAAAUGACUACAGAAGAAAAAGAACGACAAUCCAAAAUUGUAUUUAAUAAGAUAAUCAACCACCCAUACUACAAGACUGCGAACCACGUCGCAAUAUUCAUGAGCACAGAUCAAGAAAUAAACACAGCACCCAUUAUAUCCCACAUCAAAUCCCGUGGUGGUUCAGCGUUCGUGCCGCAGUAUGCUGGUGGUAUCAUGAGAAUGCUGAAGCUGGAGGCGGGUGACGAGGAUGCUAUGCCGUUGACCAGGCAUGGGAUUGCCCAACACUCGAAGGACCAGAAACGGGAAGAUGGUCUAGAUGCGGGUUUGGAUUUAAUCAUCGCUCCAGGGGUGGCGUUUUCCCCGGAAGGUGGUCGAGUUGGUCAUGGAGGUGGCUACUACGACAGAUACAUAGCCAACUUGAGGUCUAACCCUAAGACUGCUCCUAAGGUCGUGGCUGUAGCUUUCAACUGUCAGGUUCUAGAUAAGGUGCCCAUGAAUGACCUAGACCAGAAAAUAGACGGAGUUGUCUAUGCAGGAAGUGAUUAA